GUGCAUUCCGUGUGAAUGGCCAGUUUGGUAGUGCUUCUUCGAGUCUACGUUGCGCUACGAUAACAAAGCAAAGGUGUCAGCCGACUCAGGAGGAGUGCUGGUGGAAGGGGAUAGCAGGAUGGCUAACGACAGGCUGCGAGCUCUUGAGGACGUGGAGAGGGAGAUCGCCGUGGUGUUGCAGUGUGCAGGGAAUGUAGUGCUGGAGUUGUCCAAAGAAAAGCACAAUGCCAGCUUCCUUGAUCGCCAGCUCAGCCAGUUCACCAGCUCCAUCAACAGGGUGGAGAGUGAGCUGAGCUCCCAGAUACGCUACCUCACGCAGGUGGCAACAGGUCAACCUCAUGAAGGCUCCACCUACUCUGCCCGCAAGGACUGCCAAAUGGCCUUGAACCGGGCAGAAUACGCCCGGGUCAAACUGGGAGAGCUGGGCCGGACCUGCGAGAUUCUGCUGGACCCACAGACCUGAGACGUUGAUCUCACACACAAGCACACUCUCAGGUACACAUUACACACUCAGGCCACACACUGAAACAGAUACACCACACACACAAAAACGCAUUCUUUCAGACACAAACCUACCUAUUUACUAUGCACACAUAGAUACU